UUACAAUCUCUCUGGCUAAACAUGGCCGUUUGGAAACUCACUCAUGACAGUUAGGGCUUGAAAACUGUUGAUUUUUUAAAAUUUACCAGCCUUCAUUAGCCAAACGGGCUACUGUGCAACUCCCGGCUCAACAGUAUUUUCCCUCGUCGCUGGUUCGGUUUUUAUCUCAUCUUCGCGGGAGUCGUUAGCCGCUGAAGCUAGUUAGCGAGCUAACUUCUCCAUAGGGAACAAUGACAGCGACUUCUUCAGGUAGCACUAGCUGCCUUGCUGCGAAAGGACUGGACAUAAGUCUGGCAGCUCUGCAGCGACAAGACCCUUACAUCAAUAACAUCGUGGACGUGGCCAGCCAAGUCGCCCUGUAUACUUAUAACAACAGGGCGAACGAGUGGGAGAAGACAGAAGUGGAAGGCACUCUUUUUAUCUACACCAGGCUGGCAUCUCCCAGACAUGGUUUCACCAUUAUGAACCGACUCAACAUGGAGAAUCUGACAGAGCCAAUCACCAAAGACCUGGACUUCCAGCUCCAGGACCCCUUCCUGCUUUACCGCAAUGCAAGAUUGGUUAUUCAUGGGAUUUGGUUCUACGACAAGGAGGACUGUCAGCGCAUUGCCCAGAGGAUGAGAAUUCUGACCCAGCAGGAGCAGGUCCUGGCUCAGUCCCAGGGUGGUUGGUUAUCGCCAGCAGCAGCAGCAGCAGCAGCAGCAGCAGGAGGAGGAGGAGGAGGAGUAGUUGCAGUAGGUGUUGGUGGAUUACCAACAAGAGGAAGGGGAGAAGGUGACGCACAGGCAGUGGACAUCAUCCAGAUGUUAACCAAAGCACGCACAGAGUAUGACAAGGAGAAGUCUACCUCAGAGCCAAAGGAGAUUGGUGGCAGCAGUGUUCUAUGUGGAAACCCUAACCUAAUCAAACCAAUACCUGUUAAACCGAACACUCAGGACAGUGACGGUGCUGAACCCAAGCCUCUCUCUUUGGCCACUCUGUUUGGCUCUCAACAUCACCACUCGUCUAAGCCCGACCCUGUUCCUCCUGUGACUGCUCACACGAUGGCGACAUCAGCAGGGAAAGUUGCUCGCCCGCCCGUCGCCCGCACGCUGACCUACGACGAUACGGUGAACUCUGGCAGAAGCGUGACCACCAAUGGGGGGAAUGUCGCACACACCAGGAGUUCAGAUGGAGUUAUCAGGCCCGUAGUCGGGGAAGAUGUUGGACAUGUCAUUGCGGGCUUGUUACCGAUCCCUGGCACCGCUCACCAGCAGCAGCCGAACCAACCGCAGCACUGUCCGGCCAUCGCGAAGCUCAUGCAGGGGCAGAGAGGCGUCGCUGGCGUCGGCGGGGUCCUUCAAACCGUGUCCGAAUCCCCUGAAAACCGGCUGUGUGACAACGGUGUGCCGCUGGAGCAUCACCACCUCCAUCACCAUCUUUACCAUCAUCACCACCAGCAGCACCCCCAUCACCUCCAUCAGCAGCAGCAGCAGCAGCAGCUUCAGUCUGACCCAAUCAAGAGACUUUUCCAAACCCAGCCACCUCCUCCACCCUCCUUCACCUCCGCUGCUCCUCCCUGUUGCCCCAACCCUCCUCCUCCUCUGCAGCAGAGCCCCCAUCUCUCCUCCCAGCCUGUGAUAGUGGAUUCUGUGUCAUGUUCCCACCUUCAAGCACAACAAAGCCAGCAGCUGUUUUUCAGCCCUUCUAGGUCUCAAGCAGAGGCGCAGCUCAGCAGCCAGACAGCUUCAACUGCACAGGCAACAGGUCUGCCUUCCCACAUGCCAGGUGUGGUGUCACCUCAUGAGCUCCUCCAGAAGCUCCAGCUGGUCCAGCAGGAACAAAGCCUGGCUUCUCACGAUCUGCCUCGACACGGUCCAAGCCUGGCGCCUCGAUUCCUGGGGCCCAACCAAAAUCCAGGUGCAGGCUCGAUGUUGGCCACCGUCCCAAACCCGACCACAACCACUGCAGGUCAAAAAGCCGCACUUCAAUUUCAGGUCAUCUCCCCUCAACGGAUACCAGCCACUGUGGCCCCCAAUCUGCUCCUUUCUCCCAGUGUGUUCACGCAGACAAAGCUGAGCGGUGGGCUGGUUGCUCAGGAGAGCAGCCCUGCCCCCUCAAACCUGCCCAGACCACCUCUGCAGGAGGAGGUCAGAGUUCUUUCCAGAAGCCAGUUGCAAGCCACACUGCUGCAUCUGAUCCAGACUGACGCCUCAUUCCUGGAAUCCAUCUAUGAAGCCUACGUCAGCCGCUUUGCUAACGACUCCAGCAGCAAGUAUUGAUGACUCCUCACACCCUCUGUCUAUACACGCACCCUGUCCAGAGGCUAGUUCCUACACCCAACACGGAUGCACCGCUUCCUCCUCAGAAUCGCACACACUCUCACUGUUUCUCCUCCGCACUGUAAAGUCAGUCAACCAGACCGUCUUCGCUUCAAGCCAAGUCUCUUGUUGCACAAAAAAAAAAAAAACGGUUACCAAAAAUGGUAAAUGUAUUUUUUCCAACUUUUUCAUGCUGUGACUCUUACAAAAACUCUCAAACUGACGACAGAAGAAUAAAUGUUUGUGGCGAACUCCUGGUUUUGAACUCGCCUGUAGUUAGGAGGAACAUGUAGCCUACACCUGAUCCACUGUCAGUGAAGACUAAACAUGCUGCGCCUUCACCGUUUUUCCCAAGAUGUUUGGAUUUGUAAUGAGAAUCUGCACUAUUUUUCCAUUCAAUGUAGCAAUAUGUAAUUUUAUUUUAUUACACUUUCAUAGCUCCACUACGGUCACAUACCACCAGCUAACCUACUGGCCUUUUACAAACAAGUCUUCCUGGUCUAAAACGUUGUGCUGAAGGACAAGCUCAAACCUGAAACUAACUGAGCUUAUAAAAUGAAAUGUAAAGCAUGUUUAACAUGUUUUUUUGUACAUUUGGAAAAGUAUUUGAAUCCUUUUAAGUUCUUAUUUUGCUUGAUAAAGGAAUAGAAGGUGAGUAUAUUUUACUAUCCAAAAGCUUUUAAAAUUAUUAUAAAAAUUAUCACGUUGGGUUUUUCUUUUGUGCUUUUGUGAAUAUUUUUUUUCUGCAGACACUUUGUGUUGUAUUUUUGUUAACUCUCACUGGGGACAUUUGGGAAUGAAGCCAGUUGGCGUUAUCGAUGAGUGACAGUAGCCAGAUAUUGUCCUCUAAUUUUUUAUUAUGCUUUUCAAUGGUGAAGGAAAGAAAGUCAUUUUCUUUCACAGCACUUUGUAACAAAACAAGUGCUUUGUUGGUCUUAUUCAUCCUUUUUUGAGUAUUAAUAUUGUUAUGAAGAAAGAAAAGGACAUGGGUUCAAUCCAGCUUGAGAAAAACAAGGAAACUACAGGAGACUGUCAACCUGCACUACCUCACAGAGAGCUGGUUUAGAGGUGUACCUGGGUUUGUUUUUUUAAAGUGGCAUAAGGGUGACUGGGUAGUUUUAAAGGUUCAGUAGUCAAAUACAGGUGUUGGUUUCAGUUUUUCAAAAGGGAUUUCAUCAUUUUAGGAGAGUUUUAACUGGAGCUCGACAGUCCUGCUACGGAUACAAUGUCCAAUAUAAAAACGUAUUUUUACAGAUCAUAACUGAUUGAAAAGAUGGUUGGGGUCAUUUAGAAAUGGUGUCAUCACAUAGUUUGACCAGCAGAUCCAUUGUUUACAAUAUUCUCAGCACUGUAUGCAGCACAUGCAGCAGAGUACAUAUCACAGCUGAGCAGACGGUGGUGCACGGUCUUGACAGUAAGUUGCUGGAAAGUUAAUGAUCAAUGACCCUAUCAUUCUCCAUUGUGAGUCUAACUCCAACAUACUCUAUGCAAUCCUUUGCAAUCAUUGAAAUCCUUUAUUCCCUAAAAAACGGGUCUCUCAUUUGGCCCUAAAAAUCCAGGAUCAGUCGGGCUCUAGUUUUAACUCGCUAAAAUAUCACUAAUGUUGCCUCACAAUUUUUGUCAUAAUUUUGCAUUCAUGCCAGAGCUUCUAAACAUUCUCCCUGCCAAACCAAACAGCAUACACACAUCCCCAUCGGGUAUAAUACAACUAUUUAUUGAUCAAAUACUUAGUUAUUGGUGGAAAAUCUAGUUAAAUGAAUGAUUGAAAAAAAAAUGGAGGUUUACAUCAAUAGAAAGGAACAAAGAAGGUAUUUAAGCAUAUCCAAUCAUAACUGUUUAAAGUUCUCAGGCCUGUUUAAAGUAGGGAAUAUAAUAGAAAAUCAGAAUACUGGUAUAUGUUCUGUAUUCAAUGUAAUUACUCCCUUUCAUUCUGUUCCUCCUUCAGUACAACAGAGAAGUUGCUUUGGGUAAAAAAAAAUUUUAAAGCGUCAUUUUUUUUCAUGGUUUGCAUUUUGUAUACAUUCAGUCUAUACAGUAGCUACCAGACAAAAGCAGCAGAAAACAGAGACUAUGAUUCAGGACAAAAAAACAAACAAAAAAAAACAACAACAGAAGAUAUUACAUCCUAUUUUUGUACACAAGAAGAAAAAUGUUGUCAUAGUACAAAUAACCAGCAUGUUGCAGUUAAAGGUGCAGCCAGAAUACAAGUACAUUUCAUCAUUUUACAACAUAUCUGAAGAUGCUGUUUUUAUUGUUUUAAUUCAAAAGAUUUCAUUCAUAUAUUUUCUGCAAACAUUAAAAAAAAAAAAAAUGGAGAGACAUCGAAAUGUAAAUGGAAACGUUUCUACACGCAUUUCUUUUUGUCUGGAAUGUUUUGCUGUUACAUAAACUGGAAUAUAUUUUAAUUGGCUAUUAAAUGUUGAAAAAAAAAUGC